AUAAACAAAAGGAGAGGUCUUUUUUACAAUCGUAUCUGUCGCUGUGAACAGAAUCAAAUCAUAUGCAAGAACCAUCUUUUGUUUCCACGCACAGGCAUGUCUCCUCUUCUUCUUCUUUUUGUAUUUAUGCAUAUUUAGCAAGAAAAGGAGAUCAUGUCAUCAUCAUGACACGCGAAAGUCUUGGUUUUUGCCCACUGUUUGACGCAAAGUGCGAGUGGGGUUUGUGUAUUGUGUUUCUGUACACAGUUGGAAAUUUUCUUGAAGUGCGUUUAUGUCUUUUUGGGCGUGUGAAAGUGAUAUUACCGUUUGAGCUCACAGAACAGAGGCGAUGAAUUGUGGUCACAACACAGGACACAAGAAGCCAACGAAGAUUUAUCAUGCCCACUUGGCGCUGAGAAUCCGGCGGGGUAGGGUUCCUUCUCAACCAACCCCAAUUGAAUUCUUGGAUUGAAAAGAGAAAAAAGGAGAUUUAUUCAUGUAAAAAGUCAACUGUGGAGGCACCCCGGCACCAGCUCUGUCUCUAAUUUUAAAGUCUUUAUGGUGACCUGUUUUCGCCCAGUGGUUUGAACAGAAGAAAAAGUCUUAGAAGGCUUGUGAGUCGUGAGUCAGAGAGAGAGAGAGAGAGAGAGAGGAGAAGCUCAGGCUAAAGAGACAGGAAGAAUAGUUUAUAUCUGCCCCUUCUGGAUGCCGUUCUCAAGAGAGUAUGUAGAGAGAGAGAGAGAGAGAGAGAGAGAGAUUGGGCCAAUAAUGGAGUGAAAUAAAGGAAGAUAAGAGUAGUUGGGCAGUGCUCAGAAUGUUCAAACCUCCCAAAGUUUUGGUUUUUCUGCAGAUAAAUGUUUCCAAUUGUCAAUUCGGAGCUGUGUUCCUUCCAUAUCUUCCACUGGGUGUCUAUAAAGUGCAGAGGGUGAUGUGAAAAAAAACCUACUUUGUUUUGGUUUCUGGAGAUUCUGGUAUAUGAUGGGUGGUCUUCUUGCUCUUGUCAUUCUGGUUUCUAGCUCCCUGCUGAUGUUUCCGAGUCCCACAGCUUCUCUUCCUCUGUGCACUGAUUCAAGAUCGCCAAGUACCCCGACUACCCCGUUGACAUUCUGCCCUUACAAUGGAAGCACAUGCUGCAACUCCACUGAAGAUACGCAACUGCAGAAGCAGUUUCAAGCUAUGAAUGUGUCCGGCUCUGCCUGUGCAUCGAUUUUGAAAUCGAUCCUCUGCGCGAAAUGUGACCCUUUCUCAGCCGAGUUAUUUACAGUAGAUAUCAUGCCUAGGCCAGUUCCAAUCCUGUGCAAUUCGACUGUUUCAGCUAAUUCAUCACAGUCCGACCAAGCAGCGACUGACUUCUGCUCCAGAGUAUGGGAUACAUGUCGAGACAUAUCGAUAUUCAACUCACCCUUUGCGCCUUCCUUACAAGGACAAGCCGGACUACCAGUCAAUGCCAACUUCACUAAACUGACUUCACUUUGGCAGUCCAAAGGAGAUUUCUGCAAGGCGUUUGGUGGAGCAUCACUUGAUGAAUCCGUAUGUUUCGAUGGUGAGGCUGUUAAGCUGAAUAGCACAGAAGCACCUAGCCCUCCGAAGGGGUUGUGCCUCGAGAAGAUAGGGAAUGGGUCAUAUCUUGACAUGGUCGCCCAUCCUGAUGGGUCGAACCGCGCUUUCUUCUCUGACCAGAAGGGAUAUAUUUGGCUUGCUACAAUUCCCGAGCAGGGAUCAGGAGGAUCUUUGGAGAUCGAUGAGUCAAGCCCCUUUUUAGACCUGACUGAUGAAGUUCAUUUCGACACACAAUUUGGGAUGAUGGGUAUUGCAUUCCAUCCACACUUUGCAGCGAAUGGCCGGCUGUUUGCUUCGUUCAAUUGCGAUAAGUCAAAGUGGGCCGGUUGUACAGGAAGAUGUUCAUGUAAUUCGGAUGUGAAUUGUGACCCUUCAAAGCUACCGUCCGAUAGCGGCGCUCAACCGUGCCAAUACCAAACUGUCAUUGCAGAAUAUUCUGCUAAUGGUUCUGCAUCUCAGCCUUCUAUGGCAAAGAGUGCCAAACCGAUCGAAGUGAGAAGGAUCUUUACUAUGGGCCUUCCAUUCACCGCUCAUCACGGAGGACAGAUCCUCUUUGGACCCGCCGAUGGGUACUUAUACUUCAUGAUGGGAGAUGGUGGCUCGCCUAAUAACUCGGGCGACCCCUACAACUUUUCCCAGAACAAAAAGUCGUUGCUCGGGAAGAUCAUGAGGCUUGAUGUUGAUAACAUCCCGAGUGUUGAUGAAAUAAGCAAACUUGGUCUGUGGGGAAACUACUCUAUACCCCGUGACAAUCCCUUCACCGAAGAUAACGAGUUGCAGCCUGAGAUCUGGGCUCUGGGGAUGAGAAAUCCAUGGCGUUGCAGCUUUGACACGGCGAGGCCUUCCUAUUUUAUGUGUGGAGAUGUUGGGCAGGAUACAUACGAAGAGGUCGAUCUAAUCACCAAGGGCGGAAACUAUGGCUGGCAUGUUUACGAGGGUCUCUAUCAUUACGCCUCUGAAGGAAAUACUUCGGUAAAGGCGAUAAACACUAUAUUUCCUGUGCUGGGGUAUAAUCAUUCUCAGGUUAAUAACAAGCUAGGGUCCGCGGCCAUUACCGGCGGCUACUUUUAUCGAUCAACCACCGAUCCGUGCAUGUAUGGAAGGUACUUGUACGCGGACUUAUACGCUGGAGGGCUCUGGGCGGGUGUGGAGACUCCGGAGAAUAGCGGCAACUUUACUUCGAGUCAGAUACCUUUCAGCUGUGCGAAAGACUCGCCUAUAAAGUGCGACUCCGUGCAAGGAAGCUCUCUUCCGUCUCUGGACUACAUCUACUCUUUCAGGGAAGACAAUCGCAAGGACAUUUACGUUUUGGCUUACAAUGGCGUAUAUAGGGUCGUCCGCCCGAGUCGCUGCAGCUACACUUGCCCGAAAGAAAAUGUUACCGACAUUUUGACCCCAGGUCCGAGCACACAGCCUUCAGGUGCAAACCUGUUGGUCCACAGAUACAGCAGUUUGGUGUGCCUAGUUGCCUCUCUGUGUUUAUUCCUCUGGGGUAACAUAUAGCCUUUUCCCAUGGCACAAAUAACGUUGUAAUUUCACGCAAAUGCACGCUCUCCGGCGAUUCCGACCGAGUGUGAGUUCCAAUUUUGCUUGCAUAUCAGUGUUCUUCGAGGCGAUGUUGCCGGGAAUUGCUUCAAGAUCAUGAAAAUUUCUUUGA